AGCAACAUUCGGUGGAGGGCUGUCCGAUAAUUCGUCGAUACUCUGUUUUGCUGUAGUACCGUACGGUAUCCAUUACGAAAGUAGUCAGCACGUCAUCGUUAAAUGGAUCGUGGAUAAUACCAUAACAAAGAAAUAACGUUAUUGCAUUGUCGAUUUGUACGCUUUCUCCAAAAAAAUUAGGAAGUGAAGCAGCGAAAAUGCAGAUCUUACUCGCGCUAAGCGCGAUUAUAGCUGUAUCUACUGCUAGAGUAGUAAUUACUGCUGAGGGUCCAACUGACCUUCAUCUUUUAGGGCAAGAGGAAUGUACAUGGGGACCUUCAUAUUGGUGUGAAAAUAUUAAAACUGCAGCUGGAUGUAAUGCUACUAAGCAUUGUAUUAAAACAAUAUGGAAUUCUAUGAAAGUACCAGAAGAUAGUGAUGAUGUCUGCACUGUUUGCAAAGACAUGGUUCAGCAGGCUCGUGAUCAGCUUGAGAGUAAUCAAACUCAAAGUGAUCUCAAAGCUGUUUUUGAAGGAAGUUGCAGACUGAUGCGCAUUAAAACAGUAGUGAAUGAAUGCAUAAAAAUUGUAGAUCAAUUUAUUCCUGAUCUUGUAGAGACAUUAGCAUCUCAAAUGAAUCCAUCUGUUGUUUGUUCAGUAGCUGGUCUUUGCAAUUCUGCUCAUAUCGAUAAAUUACUAGAGGAAUCCUCAAUUAAGGUUGCUGAAAUGAAGACUCAUUCUUUGGAAGACGACGAAAUUGAGCCUGAUGAAUGCACUAAAUGUUAUACAGUCGCAACGCAUAUGGAACAUAGACUAAAACACACCCCACGCGAUAAAAUGUUGCAGCAAAUGCUUAAUUCCUGUGCAGAAUUUAAUACUUUUACAGACGCUUGUUCAGCAAUCAUUUUGACAAAUUUCGAAACAAUUUAUACUCAUUUACAAGAAAAUUUCAAUGCACAAAAUAUUUGUCACUUAUCUGGCCAAUGCAGUGGCAAAUUCCACAAACACGAAGAUGCACAUAAGACACCUGAAGUAGAAAUCAGACCAUUAUCAAGUGUUGGUAUGGUUGAGGUAGGUGAUGAUCUUCCAUGCAAAUUGUGUGAACAACUUGUUGGACAUUUAAGAGAUCUUUUAGUAGCUAACACGACCGAAGCGGAAUUCCGUCUAGUCUUAGAUGGGUUGUGCAAACAAACAAAAUCCUUCUCCAGUGAAUGUACUGCCAUAGUUGAUGAAUAUUAUCCAGAAAUUUAUGAGUAUCUUACAAAACGUCUGAAUAGUAAUGCUGUUUGUCAAAUGUCCGGAAUUUGUCCUGAACCUGGCAAAGAAAUGCAGGAUGCACCAAUUUGGCCUUUACUACCUAACAAUGUAGCUGAAGUUGGAGUACGUAUGCUUAAAGAUUCAAAGAAGAAAUUUGAAAAUGAUAAACACCAAGAACUGAGUGAAGCAGAAGUAGAAUCAAUGCAAUUGCCUAUUGAAAGAAUGUUACCUUUCCCAAUAUCAGAGGGUCCACUGACUGUUCACGGAAAGGGAUCGUGCGCACUUUGCGAAUAUGUGCUACAUUACAUACAGGACUCCAUAACGACUCCCGUUACAGAGGACAAAAUCAAACACGCAAUACAAAGAGUAUGCACAAAACUACCAGGAACUGUAAGAGGCGAAUGUUCAGAAUUUGUAGAUACUUAUGGAGACGCUAUUUUAGCUAUAUUAGCUCAAGAAAUUGAUCCAUCCCAAGCAUGCCCAAUGUUACAUUUCUGUCCAAGCCAACAGUUAAUGAAUAUGUGGGAAAGUGUUCCAUCGAAGUAUAUGCUUGAAGAACAAAAGAAUAAGAAGCCCAGUUGCCCAUUAUGCUUACUUGCUGUGUCACAAGUUUAUAAUAUUAUUAAAAAUAACAAGACCGAGGCUAACAUAGAAUCUGUGCUGGAUAAAUUGUGUAUUCAUUUACCGCGUAGUCUAUCUGAAGAAUGCACAGAUUUAGUGAAAGGUUACAGCAAAGAACUUGUAGAUUUAUUACUUGCAGACUUGUCACCUCAAGAAGUGUGUGUCUAUAUUAAACUGUGCGACGAUAACAAGAACACUGGUCCAAGAAACCUGUUCAUUACAGACAACAGCGGCGAAAUAUUAAUUGAGGAAGUACCAGAUACUUUCGAGAGUACUGACAUAUCGGAAGAUACAAACUUAGGUCCUACAUGUGUUGUUUGCGAAUAUGCUAUGCGUUUUAUUGAAAAGAAGCUCGGUAGCGAAAAAGCAAAAAAUAAAGUUGAAGAUGCUGUACGGGGUGUAUGUAAACAUCUUCCAAAACACCUUUCCAAUGAUUGCAAUAAAUUCGUUAACAAACAUGGCGAUACUGUAAUUGAUGUAAUUGUAAAAGGUAUGAGUCCCAAGACAGUGUGUACUCUCUCAGGACUUUGUGUAUUGUACGAGGAAGAAUUUAAAGCCUCUGUAGUAGAAUGUGCAACGUGCAAAGGUGUCAUAUCAGUAAUAAAUGAACUUUUAGCAAAUCCAAAAGUUGAUGAUACUAUUAUUAAUGUAGUAUCUAAAGCAUGUAAACAUGUUCCAGCAAGUAAACAGAGCAAGUGUGCCACUUUGGUAAAUAUUUAUGGCCAGAGCAUAAUAAACCUUAUUGAACAACAUACUGACAGCAAGAAAAUAUGCGGCAAAAUAGGUGUUUGUGCAUCUGAAGAUUACUCAUCCAUAUCUUUGGAAAGCGCGCGAAGUAAACGAUCCUACGAGAAAGAUGACAUAAAGCGCUGUACCUGGGGUCCUGUUUAUUGGUGUUCUAGCAAUGAAACAGCUCUUAAAUGUAAAGCUGUUGAACAUUGCAAGGAAAACGUGUGGAAAGCCGAAUUCGCUCCGCCUAAACAAAUUACUUUCAGCGCAGCAGAACCUAAUGCUUAACUUUGUAAAAAUGAAAUAAAUUGAACUAUUACUUAAUACAAAGUUUUUACACUUUACGGAAUUUAGUCAUAAGAAGUUUGUGUUUAUUAUAAAUGUUACAUCAAUGAUAUUAAGAGUCUAAUAUUAGUCUCUUAACAAUGCACUAUUCUUUUAAAAUAUAAAAAUGUGAUACCUUUGUUAAAAUCUUCCAUUAUAAUAUUUAACAGAAGAUUAUAUAUAGUAUGUUGUAUACAUAGGUACUUUAAAAGUAAUAAUAAAUGUAAGCUUUUAACACUCUUGCAACAAUAUUGCCGUUCACGAUAUUCAAUUAAGUUCAUAUUUUGUAAUAAUUAUUGUUUGUAUACAAUCUAUGAUAUUGAAAAUAUAAUUACGUAUACUACA